AUGCAUUUGCCCGAUAACCUGUCCUCCACCAGGAGUCUGUGUAUAGCAGCCCUCUACGCCACUGCAACUCUAGCCUCCAUCACUCCACCUCCCGGCUUCCCGGCCUCUGUCCAGCCGCAACAGGCCCCAGGCACGCCGGCCUCCACCCCGCCUCCAGUCAAACCUCAAGCUGUUGGCACGCCUCCCCCUCCUGCUCCUAUCCCACCCGCAAAUCUUCCCUGCGUCGCUCAGAAUCUAACCGCUGACACCUGGAACCGGCUGCAAAUUGACAAGUAUCUGGCCACUUAUCCCGGCGGUCAGAGUCUCACACUAUCACAAUAUGCAGACUCGAAAGGCGCCCAAAACUUCCGCUGCGGGAUCGAGGAAUUCUGCUCGAGUGAUUCGAUAUGUAAUCCGGUGCCUGCGCCCGAUUGGGCGGGCAUUGCGCUGUCAUCACCGCCGCAGAUAACAUUCUCAUAUCUCCCCUUGGAAAAGUCUUAUUCAACACUGUGCUCAAUUCCUCUUGAUUUCGACUGGAUGGUCAUAGUGGUGUCUGCGCUCAUGGUCACCGGAUUAGCCGAGCAAAACAUCCACGCCCACGAGAUCGCCUUCGGCGUGGGAGCGUUAACAUCUCUGUUAGCAUCGGCCGCCGCAAUCGUCGGCCUUGCCGCCGCCACGCUCUUCCUGGCCGGGUUUGUGUUUGCAUUGGCGCCGAUCGCCCUGGGUGCCGGAGCGGUCGCGUUGGUCUCAACUCAAGUGGCUCCUCUGGCCUUUGGAGCAAGUUCUCUGUUAGCCAACAAGCCCGAAGACAAGAAAAGCUUCAUCAAGUGGGCUUCAGUCGGCAACAUGUUCUCGCAAUGGGAGAUCCACAUGCAAUCCAUGAUCACCAACACCACCCAAACGGUCAUCAACUCUCCGAUCAGCUCGAACGCCGGCAUCAGCUCCGUCCUCCGAAACGGCGUCUUCUUGUUCGACACCCAAACCAAGUCCACCUCCGAGCUCCAAAUCGACUACGAAACCGUCCUGCAAGCUAGGUCCCUUAACUUGGUCCUCCGAGCUAUGGGCGCCUUUGUGACCAGAGGCAGUGACAAAUGCAAUUCGAAAGGCCCCAACGGAGCCUGGGGCGACGAAGGAACGCUGUCGUACUGCGGCCCAGACAAAGUAAUGAUGAACAUCGUGCUGGCGCAUGGCGAUAAGACGAAGAACAAGAUCCAGAACGCCAAAUAUAUCGCGACCAAAUUCGGAUUCACCACCGAAUAUAUCGUCACUCAAUCGUGGAACUGUCAGCAGAAAUACCAGCAGUUCGAGUUCGAUCCGUACCGUGAUGCGCCGUUGCCCUCGGAUGCCAAUGCGGACUGUGUGAUGAACCUGCCUGUUUGCGACCUGACUGACCAGAGAAUCGACCAAGCCCGUCACGGAAAACACCACCACACGACCAAGGCUUGCAGGACCCAGGGCGGCCUCCCUAUCUGAUCGACCACUGACAUUCUCACCCCUCUUGCACACACUCUUCUUCGCGUCCAAUCCUCCCUUUCGAGGUCGACGAGCAUUCCUCAUUUAUAUUCAUAUAUAUAUAUAUAUAUAUGUCCUUGUUAAUCUUGUCUUGUCUUCUCCGUCUCCUGUUGCUUUGCUAUUCUUCUUCUUCUUCUUCUUCUUCUCC